AUGGGCAAGGAGAAGCUUCACAUCAAUAUUGUGGUGAUCGGCCACGUGGACUCUGGCAAGUCCACCACCACUGGCCACCUGAUCUACAAGUGUGGUGGCAUUGACAAGAGGACCAUCGAGAAGUUUGAGAAGGAGGCUGCUGAGGUGAGUAGGAGUUCGUACUGUACUUUGAUAGUUUGUUCUUCUGUUAGCUGACGUGUUAUAAAAAGGGUUUGUAGACUGCUGUUAUAGUGUAUUAUGCAAUCAUCUUUAUAGGCUACUUAAAGAUAGACAAGAUAUAACAAUAUGUGUCAAAAAUGCGACAAUCCUUCGUCUUGGCAGUAGAAUUUAAUACCAUGUUACUCCUCAGUAACAUGUUUAUAACCAGUGAUGUGUGAUUUUCUCAGAUGGGGAAGGGCUCCUUUAAGUAUGCCUGGGUGCUGGACAAGCUGAAGGCAGAGAGGGAGCGUGGCAUCACCAUUGACAUCUCACUGUGGAAGUUUGAGACCAGCAAGUACUACGUCACCAUUAUCGAUGCUCCCGGACACAGGGACUUCAUCAAGAAUAUGAUCACUGGAACCUCCCAGGUCUGAACCACAAUGACACAGUCCUUCCUUACACACAGACACCUGCCAGGUUUUCACUCAAGUGACUGGAAGUCUAUUAUUAAACUUGCAAUUUUGGCUCUCAAGGUUAGCUUAUAGCUGUACUAUAACCCCAGACAACUUCAGGAGUCGUAAAGUGCCAUCUUAGUUGCAUAUGAGUUUUGAAAACCUAUUGUAUGUAUUAUUCCCAUGUUCUGGUGUUUACAGGCGGACUGUGCUGUGCUGAUCGUGGCGGCCGGUGUGGGUGAAUUCGAGGCGGGCAUCUCAAAGAACGGGCAGACCCGCGAGCACGCCCUCCUGGCUUACACCCUGGGGGUCAAGCAGCUGAUCGUGGGCAUCAACAAGAUGGACUCCACUGAGCCCAACUACAGCCAGAAGCGCUAUGAGGAGAUUGUGAAGGAAGUCAGCACCUACAUCAAGAAGAUUGGCUACAGCCCGGAUACGGUAGCCUUUGUUCCUAUCUCUGGCUGGAAUGGAGACAACAUGCUAGAGGCCAGUCCUAACGUACGUAAGCACGAAACUAAAGUGCAUUUCUUAUUAUUUCUGGUCGAUAUUCUAGGAUAGCGUUGCAGCCACAGUGAGCCAUCUAUGAGUAUAUGCAAUAUAAUCUGCUCUCCACUUUAAUUUGAAGGAAGUAAGUCAAUGAAAAAUGUCUAGCACAGCACACUUAAUAACUUUGCUUUGGACCUACUGCUCACUCCUGUCUUCUGCAUGCUCAGAUGACCUGGUUUAAGGGAUGGAAGGUCACCAGGAAGGAUGGCAGUUCGUCCGGGACCACCUUGCUCGAAGCUCUGGAUGCCAUCCAGCCCCCGUCCCGCCCCACCGACAAGCCCCUCCGCCUGCCCCUGCAGGACGUCUACAAGAUUGGAGGUGAGCAUCGCACCCACCCAAGAGGCUGUCCAACCAUAAUGAUGAUACAUCCCUCCCCUCACUUUUGUAUCCUCUCUCCCUCAGGUAUUGGCACAGUGCCCGUGGGGCGUGUGGAGACGGGCAUGAUCAAGCCAGGCAUGGUGGUGACCUUUGCCCCUGUUAAUGUGACAACCGAGGUGAAGUCUGUGGAGAUGCACCACGAGGCCCUGACCGAAGCAAUGCCCGGAGACAACGUGGGCUUCAACGUCAAGAACGUGUCCGUCAAAGACAUUCGCCGUGGCAACGUGGCUGGAGACAGCAAGAACGACCCUCCAAUGGAGGCAGCCGUCUUCACUGCUCAGGUGGGCAGGGCCAGACACACACACACACACACACACACACACACACACACACACACACACACACACACACACACACACAACUACUGUAGAGGUGUAAAAACCAAAGAACCACAAGUCAUACAACUACAAAUAAUUAGUAUGUUUAACUAUGAUACAUGGUAGUGAUCACAUGGAUAAAAGUAUUUGUGGUGAUGAUACAGCUUAGUAGUUACUAUUAAUAUAUCAGCACUGUUUCACACUGCUCUUCUCUCUCUCUGUGAUGAGUUGUGGGGAACUAUUUUUGUCAGCAAAGGGGCCAACAUUGAAUGUCAUGGUUAGCACAUCAGUGCUGAUACAGGUGUUGACAGAACAACCAUGUUGACUGUGUUUGAUGUUCCCUCCUUUAGGUGAUCAUCCUGAACCACCCAGGUCAGAUCAGUGCUGGCUAUGCCCCGGUGCUGGACUGCCACACCGCCCACAUCGCCUGCAAGUUUGCUGAGCUCAAGGAGAAGAUUGACCGUCGCUCAGGCAAGAAGCUGGAGGACAACCCCAAGGCCCUGAAGUCUGGGGACGCCGCCAUCGUGGAUAUGGUCCCGGGGAAGCCCAUGUGUGUGGAGAGCUUCUCAGAGUACCCGCCACUGGGUGAGUAUUGUUGGGUAGUAGUUCUCUUGGGUCUGGUUGGAAUUCUUUGAAAAUUAUUUCACUCUCCCUUGAAGUUACCAUUGAUCUCACAUUCUCUCUCUCUCUCUCUCUCUCUCUCUCUCUCUCUCUCUCUCUCUUCUCUCUCUCUCUCUCUCUCUCUCUCUUCUCUAUCCUCUCUCUCUCUCUCUCUCUCUCUCUCUCUCUCUCUCUCUCUCAAGGUCGUUUUGCAGUGCGUGACAUGCGCCAGACUGUGGCAGUCGGGGUGAUCAAGGGUGUGGAGAAGAAAGCUCCCUCCACUGGCAAGGUCACCAAGUCCGCCCAGAAGGCCCAGAAGACCAAAUGA